AUGGAAUCCGAAGCGGUGGGUAUCAAUUCAAUGAAAAUGGAGUCUGAAGAUGGUGAGUAUCAAUUGUGCCCUACGUGCAAUAAACCGCUAAUAAAUGAAGAAAACCUAAAACUACUGCGCAUUAAAUGGAUUAAGUGGGGAGUGUGUGGUCCAUUAUUCACUGUUGCUGGUGGAAUAAUUGGAGCUUGUGUGUUACCAUUUUUGGGAUUUGGAGCUGGUGUCAUUGGAUCGGUAAUUGGUGGAGUUGGUGCUCUUGGAUUGAUCUCUAAAAAUCGAGAAAAAUUCGACUGGUGCGGUUGUUAUGAUUAUUCCUAA